UUGUUGUUAGACUUUAGGAAUUUGUUCAAGAUGUAUUAAAUUUAGUCUUAUUUAUAAAACAUUUGACAGUGACCUGCUGAAGUCUUAAGUUUCAAAUUCCGUCUUAUGCGAAUGGAAUUACCAUCUGACGAUUACUUAUAUGAUUAGUUAAUCUGAGUAGAAUGUGAAUAUUUUUGCGUAAUAAUUGUUUGUAUGUGCAGACUGCCCCAAAACGUGUACACGUUUAUGCACCUAUUUCUGUAAAACAUUAAUUCAGUGUCAGGAAAUGUUACUGCGUUAUAAACGUUCCAAAUGCCCACUGUCAGUUGGAUGACAAAAGUCCCCAUGAUUAUGCUGCCUUUCCUGACUGUGUGUAAGGAUAGUGCACCAGAAACAUUAUUAGAAUUGUGCUUGAAGUAUGUGGUUGGUCAUCUUGAUACUAUAUGUUCCAUUGAUCCCUUUACAAAGAAUUAUAGGCUGAAAGAUGGUCUUGCUCUUCCUGUUGAAAUCUGUGAAAAAAUUCUGCAUGUUUACCAGCAAGGUGGCCAUGUUUUAGAUGACAGAUUUGUAAAUAUUUUUCAAAACCCACAGACAGCAAGGCUUCAGAGAGUCCACUUAAGAAACUCUAGCAUUACAGACGAUGGAUUGUGUACUCUCCUAAACCAGAAGUUAAUAGAAUUGGUUAUUGAUAACUGUUCCAACAUAACAGAAAGUUCGUUGGUGCACAUAAACGAUUGUGGCAAUAGUUUGCUGUCACUCAUUAUUGGCUCUUCAGUUCGUCUGCUUCCGAGCACACUGCAGGACAGUGCUUACCACAGAAGGGGAUACAUAUUACAAACUCCAAAUUUACGACGUCUGGCUGUGAGGCACUUUAUUGUAAAAGGAGAGAAGAUGUAUUUUCCAUUGUUGUUGCGUCCUCUUCGUAACUUAACAUACCUUGAUUUGUCAGAAUGUGUUGAUUUAGGAGACCUGUCAUAUCUGUGUGAGCUAAAGAACCUCAUCUCUCUAAUACUGUAUAAUGUUCAGUGGUUGCAAGGUGCAGUUGGUUCUCUCUGUAAGCUAGUGAAUCUGAGGCAUCUGGAUAUCUCACAGUUGAAGGAGAAAAAUGUAACUUUCAGGAAUGAGAACCACAUGCUCGCAAUGCUUGUUGAGAGCCUUCCUCACCUCACAUCACUAGAUAUUUCUGGGACAAACUUAGCAGGAACAGGAGUUGCAGAGCGUUGCCCAGCGUCAAAAUAUCAGCAACAGGAAUAUGUACCUCAGACAGAUAUUCCUGGCCUCAGUUCUAGAGUUCUCAACCCACUCGAGUUUUUAGGGCUCUACGGUACCCACCAUGAUGCUUGCCAUCGGCAUGAUAUACCAGCCAAAAUGGUCUCUGGUGAUGCAAAUGAAGACCAGAUUUUGGUGGCGGCUGUAGCAUACAUUGAACGACCAGCUGUCCUUCAGAAAGUUCUGAAUGAUCUAUAUCGUUUCUUAAGAGAUGAGACUUGUCAAAACAUCCGUUAUGCUUUAUACGCUGUGUUGGAAGCAAUGGAUCGACAUCUGGGUGAGAAACACAUCCAGAUAUCUGGAAGUGCUACUUUAUUCUACAUAGUGAAGGGCAAGGAGAAGCAUAUAUUUGGAGUGAAAGAGAAACGAAGACUAAUUUGCACAUUAAUAAAUGGUAUGAGUGCACAUAGAGAUGAUGACACAAUGAUGAGGAAUGGCUGCCUAACACUUUUUCAGUUCAAGAUCCCAGAUGAUGUGCUGUUUGACUAUGAGCGGCUUGUGCACAUCUUGCUGCACAUUGUAUCGGAGAUGGAGCAAGGGGGGUUUGUACAGAGAAUUGGAAUUUACCUCCUCAACUUGUUGGCCUGCCAGGUGGAUGGAGUGCAGAAGCAACUCUUGGGUGAUCUUGGAGCUAUCAGUCAAAUGUUGACUCUUAUUGAGGACCGACUAGCAAGGAAAGUUUUUGAUGAUGCACUGGAAGUUGCAUGGUCAACGAUGUGGAAUGUGACAGAUGAAACUGCUAUCAACUGUCAGAGAUUUCUGGAUGGUAGAGGCAUGGAAUUCUUUCUUGGAUGCUUAAAUACAUUUCCUCACAGGGAAGAACUGCUUCGCAACAUGAUGGGAUUGCUGGGAAAUGUGGCCGAAGUUCAAGUUUUGAGGCAGCGUUUGAUGACAGGCCAGUUUGUAUCAGUAUUUGCAGAUCUUUUGGAUACUGGGAGUGAAGGAAUUGAGAUUAGUUACAAUGCAGCAGGUGUUCUAUCCCACAUGGCAUCUGAUGGACCCGCAGCUUGGACAGUGAAAUCUCCUAGACGGGAAGAUGUGUUGCAGAGAAUGGUGGCAGCUAUUGAUCGCUGGGACCUUGAAACAGAAAGAAAUAUUAAUUACAGGUCAUUUGAGCCAAUUCUUUACCUGUCAAAGGUUUAUCACACACCUGAAUGUCAGCAUUGGGCCAUUUGGGCACUAGCAAAUCUUACCAGAGUUUACCCUACCAGAUACUGCUCUUUGGUGGAGUCAGAAGGGGGGAUACACAUUUUGGAGGAGAUUAUACGUAAUGAAAAGCCAUAUCCUCGUAUCAAGGAACUUGCUGCUAUGGUGAUUAUGCAUUGCAGGGAGUAUAAGGAAACUGUUCUGGAGGCAGUUGCCCCUUUCAAUGGUUGAAGAAGGCGUUAUGCUCUAGAAUAGUGGCUAUGUUAAUACAACUUAAUAGCACGGUUUCAGAUAUUAAUGGUCAUCAGACUGUGCUUUCAGAUUCACUGUAUAUAAUUUGUAUAUUUAAAUUGUGAUGAAAUGUGUAACUUCUUUACUUACAAAACCAGUCACUGUUUUAAUUUGUAUUAACUUCUGUGUUAUGUAGAUCUGAUGUGAAGGUGAAAGGUUUUUCAUGUUAGAUUUAUAUGUACUAGUAUACAAAAUGUGAACAGUGAGGAUCAUGAAGAGUGCUGUCUUCUGGGAUAUAAGAUUGUGUAGUCCAUUGAAAGCCAAUUUACAUUUCAGAAGAAUGUAUCA